AUGGUGUCUGGACGUGGUGAUGGUCAACACACAUCACGACGUUCCACGCUACCGCUGUUGACGUCUUACGAUAAAUCUCGUAAACCUCAUGUCUUACGUACAGGAAUAAAUACGGGGACGAUUCACUUCGAUUGGAUUAGUAAGGAAUUAGAAUGUGGUAUAUGUGAGAAGACAAUCCAGAAUACGAUGGUUGUGAGAAAUUGUAUGCAUCGUUUUUGUGCUGACUGCAUAUUGCAACGGAUACAUACCGGUACACGGAAAUGUCCUUUGUGUCACAAACUUCUUCCGAAGAAAACACCAUUAAAGAGUGACACAAAUUUUGAUGCUAUUAUAAAAAAGUUCUCAUUGUCUGCGGAAAGAAGAUGUGUGAAACGCCCAAUCACUGAAUCAGGCACUUUAUACUUCAAAAAUAAAGCAGUGUACGAUAACAAGUCAUCCAAUAAACGUGUAGCGAAUACUACUUUAAUUACACCGUCACCUUUCGGUGAGCAGACUUCAUCAAAAAGAGUUCAAAUACCGAUGAAGUAUAUUCCAGUGAUGAGUUCAAAUGUUAAUGCUACUUUGGAGGCAAAACAACCAUUAUUACCCAGUACGCAUUCAGAUACAUCAGACCCUCCGCUCACGAUUGAUGAAGGCUUGUCCGAUGAUUCCUAUCCAAACCUUCAACAGCCAACAACAUCGUCAUUUUCAAGAGACGAAUCGAAAUUAAAUGGCAAUGUAUCCAUAGCAGGUAGCUGCGAAGUAACUCCAGUUGUUUGGCAGAAGUCUUGCAAUUACGAGAAAUUUAAUGGUAUGGUCAUCAAGAGCCCACAGUUUAAUGGCAGUAAUGUGCACGUUAAGUGCUUUCCUGUGUCUGCUAAUCUUGGUAUCUCUCCACAUCUGGCAAAUCAAGCCCCCAUUACCAGGGCUACGAAUGGCUGUUUUAUUCACCUUAACGGGAAUGCAAAAAGAACCAACAACACCAAAAUUGGGGACGGAUUGCAUCUGCCACCAUCCUUAGAAAAUAGCAUUUCGAUGGAAGAUAAGGUGGUAGCUUCACCUCGUACUUCAGAAUUCUUGUUGAUUACUGGGAAACAAAGAUUAUAUCCUGGGAUUGAAUCACAGCUGGUUCUUAAUCCUGAUGCAAGUGUGGUUACUGACGACUCUUUACCUACUGCUGCUAAACAUCUUCGGUAUAUUGUAACGUGUUCAGCAACAACAGUGGGACAUUUAUGUGAAUACAUCUUGCAACGAAUUAGAAUUGAGUCGUUUGACGAAAAGGACAGAAAACCAAGCGAAGAUUUUUUCACUAGGCGUGUGCUUCUAUGUCCAGUAAAAUCCGAUUUGGCUUUGGAUGAUGUUUUGGUAGUGAAUGAAACAGGUGAGGGUCAAUUCACAACUAUGAAUGUCGGUGAACGAAAUAGUGACUCAAGGUCAACUUCUGUGUUCACCAUAAAUUCACCCUUUGUUGCUUUGGAUGAGUCAGUAACAGUUGAACAAUUAAAGGCGGAGCAUUGGUCGAAUAAGAAGAAGCCACUGAAACUUAUUUUCAAAUUUCAAAGGAAGUCCUAA